AUGUCGACCGUAUCUCAAGGCGCAAAGGUUUACCUUAUCCACACUACACAACAUACUCGCCCUUUCUUGACGACUGUACCUUUCAUAGCUCGUGAUUUCGCUGCAUGGGGACACCGUGUCGAUCACCACCCCGCAGACUCGGCAUACAUCGCUGAGAUUCGAUCCCGCGAGGAUGUGGAACAUAUGAACCGCAAGGACCGCGGUGGAAGCCGGAGGACGAAGCUGAUGGAGAUAUGGGCAACCGAAGCUGUCCGCAGGAAACGAAGGCAGCGAAGAGAAGCCCGUGGCAUCGAAAUCGAAACAUCGAUGGGAGAGGGCGGCUUCGGACCGCAAGAUGCCAGAGUGAAGAAGGCUGGUGAUUUGGUGCAGGAUGUCAUCGAUGGCGUGGCUUCAUUCGACCAAGUCGUCUUGGAGUUCCACGACUAUGAAGAGAUCAGAAAGGAAGUUCUAGUCCAUGCGGUAAACAGCGCUAUCGGCAAGAACGAAGGCAGAAUGGGCAAAGUGGAAAGAUGUCCGAGAACAGCCAUGAAGCGCGUGAUUCUAUGGGUUGACGUCGCAGAUGUCUUCUUCGGAGACGUAGUACAAGACGAACGCAAUGUGGAAGACAGAGAUCCUGUGCCGAAGUACGAGAGAGGAGAAAGGCCGCCGGUGUAUGCGGAAGAGAGAUAG